AUGAAUAUACGAUGUCGAGGGCGCGUUCCGUUCGAAAUUUAAUAAAUGACUCGUAGAAUAAUUGACGCGCCGUCGAGUUGUUAUCAAAUCUACCAAACAGAGAUAUUGGAUGUCUGCACAUAAAUUAGAAAAGUGUGUAUUUUAAAUUGUGAGAGGUUUUUACCUAGCUCCCAGUUGUUCAAGUGAUCGACACGAAUUACCCAUAAGUGCUCAGUGCUUUAUAAUACUACAUAUUAAAAAAAAACGUAUCCAUGAUUCCCAUGUACCCAAAAAUAUGUCAAUCUGUGAAAAUUGAUUAGGAAUUUGUGCAAAAGUAUAAAAAUCGAAAGUAAACCGCUAAGCAAUAUUGAAGCAUUUAGAGACUAAAAUUAAUAUAUACACGUAUUAUAUAUACACACAUACAUACAUAUAUACAUACUAGUGGAGAGUUUCGCCGGGCUAACUUUCAAAAACCACUUGAAACCACGUGAAUCGUACACCUCCUUCGAGCUUCUGGUCCCAUCAAUAUGAUGGACGUAAGCAGCAUGUAUGGCAAUCAUCAUCCACACCACCAGAACAGUUAUCACGACAGUAGUACUGCCUCAGCUGCUGACAUGGCUGCUGUUGCAUCCUCCACCGGGUACCCGAACGCCUAUUUUCCAGGAGCGGCCACCGCAGCAAUGCCGUCGCAUCACCAUCAGGCUCACCAUCACCAGCACCAUUUAGGAUAUACUGGCUACGUCCCAGACGGUGCGUCGCCUAAUUACUAUACACAACAAGCACAAUUAACUCCACCGCCAUCGUCUUUGCAACAAACCUCAGCGGGGAUAAGCCAAAACUCGUCAAGCGGUACGCCGCACCAACAUCAACAACAGCAGCCACAUACACAGCCCCAACAACAGCAGCAAUCCAUGUAUCCUCAUGCUCAUCUUUUUAGUCCAAGCGCUGCCGAAUAUGGCAUCACAACAUCUUCGAGCACAGGCUCAAUAACCGCUACAGGCACUCCAUUGCAUCCGUCAAGUCAUUCCCCGACAGACUCCUAUUACGAAAGUGAUUCAGUACACUCCUAUUAUGCAACGGCUGCUGUUGCGGCAAUACCUCCUUCCACCAAUUCUCCCGUCUCCGCCUCCAAUGCAAUUCAAAACAAUCCACCUGCGCAGAUUGACCCGCCGAUCAUAAGCUCAGAAAAUGGCCUGAGCUAUACUAAUCUAGAUUGUUUGUACAACCAAAAUGUUGUAACGCACGCACAACAACGACAAAUACAGCACGGCUAUGCCUCAUUGCCUCAUAAUACUGGAGCUAGUGGUGGUGGUAAUGUGGAGGAAAAAUAUGCAGCCGUAUUGCAUUCAACGUACGGAACGGCAGGCUUAGCCUUCGACGAACCCCUUAUGCAAAUGUCAGCCAGCCAACAACAAUCACCACCACAGAUGUGGCAUCAUCAGCAUAUAAGUGGUGGUUACAGCAUGGAUGCUGGCAUUCCAAUUGAUGCUUUGGGCAUGCAUCCCUUGAAUAUGGCGCACAUGCAAACGUUGCCGACCCCUCAACAUCCGCAUCAACAGCAACAUCUGCAACAACAACAGGCACAAUUACAACAACACGGGUCGCCAAGUGGACCAUGCAUAACGACGCGAAGUCAACAAGUUGUCUCCCCUGACGGCACGGGAUUACCCUCAUCGCCAGGAUCCUCAUCUAGCCAAGCUGGAUCACAAAAUAAAUCUCCUAACCAAGCAAGCAAUUUGCCAACAUAUAAAUGGAUGCAAUUGAAAAGAAAUGUCCCCAAGCCACAUGGUGAGCAAACCUUACACGAAUAUUGAUAAGCAGUGAUGCUCAGCUUUAAGAAUAAUUCAGUUUCAAUUUGAAAAAGAAAUAUUUAAUUUUGUAUGCGUUGCUGUGUAU